AGGAGCGCGGCGGGGAUGGCGCCGUCCUUCCGGCAGGGCAAGGGCCGCGCGCCGCGGGGCGGCUCGGGCGGCGCGGAGCCGCGCGCGGACAGGAGGGCGCGGAAGCCCCUGGUGGAGAAGAAGCGGAGGGCGCGGAUCAACGAGAGCCUGCGGGAGCUGCGGCGGCUGCUGGCCGGCGGAGAGGCGAAGCUGGAGAACGCGGAGGUGCUGGAGCUGACGGUGCGGCGGGUGCAGGCCGUGCUGGAGCGCCGCGCGCUCGAGGGCGGGCGGCUGCACCGCGAGGCCAGCGAGCGCUUCGCCGCCGGCUACAUCCAGUGCAUGCACGAGGUGCACACCUUCGUCUCCGGCUGCCCCGCCAUCGACGCCAACACGGCGGCCGAGCUGCUGAACCACCUGCUGGAGUCCAUGCCGCUCAACGAGGGCGGCCUGGGGGACUUGAUGGCGGACGUUCUGGCCGAGCCUUGGCCGGGCGGCGAGACCGCGCUCCCGGUGGCCGAGGCGGCCCUGGGCCUGGUGCUGCCCUCGCCGUUGUCCGGCGAAGAGACGUGCUCCGACUCGGACGAGGCGGAGGCUGAGCCGGGACAGACCCCCGCCCGCGGACUGGAGGCGGCGCAGACCCGCGGCGUGCCCUCGCCCAAGUCCAUGUGGAGGCCGUGGUAACGCUGCGAGCGGCGGGGCGGUGCGGCGCCUCGGGGUUGGAACGCGGCCCUCCUGUCACCCCGCCGGGCUCGUGGCUGAACGAGAGCCGUCGCAGCGCGUGGACUGUGCGUGUGCGGCAGUUUGUAGCUGGGUGUCGUUUGUAUGAGAGUGGGGGGACGGGAUGGGGAGGAGGGAGUUUUUUUAGUAGCGAAGCUCUUUGGAUGCACAGCUGUGGUCUCUUAACCCUGCCUCAUCCUCUUGGCCCCUAUAAGUGGCCCAGAUAACGCUCACUACCUUGUUCUCUUAACAAAAAGCCCUCGUGCGGUUUAGAUCCUGACGGGUAACUCCAUGAGAGGCUCCAUCUGCACAUGGCGUUCGUGUGCUGGUGACAGCAGGGACCCCUGAAAGGGGCUCCCAGAGCAGCUGUGUGUGGCAGCAGCCCAGCUCUUGCCUUCAGGGAAGGAAGAGGAGCAGGACCUGCUGGAGCUCUGCAGACAUCCAGAACUGAUGGCGGGGCACCUUUAGAAAUGAGCAUCUUGAUUCACAUUUUGCUUUUAGCACAUUUGAGUUCAUUGUGACUUUAUGUAUAUUAGGGUAUCAAAUCAAGUGUGUUUUUUUUAUUUUUAAUCUUUAAUAAAAAAAAACUGAAUUGGCA